GAAUUGUGCGUGGAGUGCAGCUAAGGCCUUUAAUUGCGCCAGACGCAGAGAAGAGUGUGUGUGCGUGUGUGAAAGGGGGUGGGGGUCUUGAGCUGGUAUAAAUACUUGGCUCUCCAAAACACACUCACAACAGCAGGAGUGAUCUCACCUCCACUCCUUUCACUCCCACUCUCUCAUUGCACUCACCGCGAAGCAGUACGGAGCUCUCACACGGCGUGGAUUUUUAUUUUUUAUUUUUUUGCUCUUUUAUUUUUCUUUUUUUUUUCCAACCCCCGGGAGGAGCAGAAGGAUCGGGGCCGGGGGGGGGGCGGCUUUUUUUUUUUUUAAAGAAGGAAGGGAGAGUCAUGGAAGAGCUGACGGCGUUCGUGUCCAAAUCGUUCGAAGCGAAAAGCAAAGAGAGCAGCAAGGAGGCCAUCACGUACCGGGAGGUUCUGGAGACGUCCGGGUUGGCCCGGCCGCGGGAGCUGGGCAGCCCCGCCGAGCACGACUUCAGCGAGGGCGCCCACUGCCCGCUGCACGCCUACAAGGAGCAUGUGGAGCUGGACAAGGACAAGCUCAAGGACUUCCACGUCACGCGGCCCGCCGAAGGCAUCUACGACUGCAGCAAGGACAAGAAGGAAGAGGUGAAGUCGGAGGACGAGGACGCGCAGGGCAAGCUGAAGCAGCGCAGGAGUCGCACCAACUUCACGCUGGAGCAACUCAACGAGCUGGAGCGCCUCUUUGACGAGACGCACUACCCGGACGCCUUCAUGCGCGAGGAGCUCAGCCAGCGCCUCGGGCUCUCCGAGGCCCGCGUGCAGGUUUGGUUUCAAAACAGAAGAGCAAAAUGUCGAAAACAAGAAAACCAGAUGCACAAAGACAUCUUUCCCUUUUCUCCAGGGGUCAUCUUGGGCAGUGGCAGUCACCUGGAUGCUUGCAGGGUGGCACCCUACGUCAACAUGGGGGCCCUUCGGAUGCCCUUCCAACAGGUUCAAGCGCAACUCCAGCUGGACGGCGUCGCCCACUCCCACCCCCACCUGCACCCGCACCUGGCCGCCCACGCCCCCUACUUGAUGUUCCCGCCCCCUCCCUUUGGACUACCAAUCGCCUCGCUGGCCGACUCGGCCUCGGCGGCGGCGGCGGUGGCGGCGGCCGCCAAAAGCAACAGCAAGAACUCCAGCAUCGCCGACCUGCGACUCAAGGCAGGACUUCUGCGGGGCCAGUGGCUCAGUCCACUCCAGGCACAGAUCGCAUCCCAGGGACCGUACAAACACAUGUGGAUGUCUGUCUGAGAGCCCGGCACACACUGAGGACUUUAGUGUCAAUUACAGUGGCAGGCGACGGGCAAUGUUGAGGACGGUUGAG